CAUUUAUUGUUUAUUUGUAUAUGAUUUCAGGGUAAUAAAAAAGGAAAAAAUAAAAAAAUUUGACCUUGAUUUUUUUGUGCAAAAUACAUAGGCAAGCUUGUAACCGAAUAUCCGGCCUACAUUAUAAUAAUAAUAACAAUAAAAACAACAAUAUAUAAGUAUGUCAACGAAAAGUCAAAUGGCACAAAUAGCCCCACAACCACCGCCUAAACCACAUAAGACCUAUGCAAAUGGCAAUGCUAACGGUACUUUGGCAAACGGUGGUACCAUCAAUAACAAUUCAAGCAGUAAUACAGCGCAAUAUCUACUUACAUCAACAGACAACAACGUUAGUUGUUAUGCAAAACAGAAGUUAAAUGGUCGCAGUCCUUGUCACACGCCACCGUCUACAGAACGUGAACAAGUUGUAAUGACACCCAAAGGUAAAACGGCGAACAGUACAGUGAUUUUAAUUGAACGUAAACUGGUAGAUGAGAUCAAUGAUCGCGUACAUGUCGCCGGCGGUGAUCAUACAGGGAUAAUCAUUAAUAAGGAUACAGUUAAAGGGCAAAAAAGUCAAACCGAGCCGGCGCAAUUGUCUUUAGAGUUUCGCGUAUUCCUGGUCAGUGCUAAUACCGGAAAACAUUCUCAAGAAUCGCGGACAUUAAGAUUUUGGUUUCGAGAUUGGCUAAGAAAUGAGGAAAAUCAAGCUCAUGUAGCACAAGAUUUCUUUAAAGAAUUGGUUAGCCCGAAGGACUUUCCCCGAGAUUAUGUUGGUUUCAUUAAGAAAAUAAUGAAAUUAUUGCAGAAAGGUUAUGAUGAGAUACAAUGCUUGGAAAUAGAGCUGCGCAUAUUAGAAGAGACAAGUGAACCGCCGACAAGACCACCUCGCGAAGGUUACAUUAUCUAUUGCUAUGGUGAUUGCGAUCGUAAAUAUGAGGAGGCAUUGUUAGCACAAAAGCAAACAGUUUCUAUGGAUGAGUCACAAUUUGAAUCUCCGCCCUUGACUCCAGAAAAGGUACUCGAAUUAAUUGAACAAGCCUAUCCGAAUCCGAUAACUCCAGAGGAUUUAGCCAAAGAUUACGGUUGGGAUGAACAAGAUGUUAUAUUGGUCUUUAUAUCGCUCAAGGAGAGAGGUUUAAUCAAAUCAAUGGAAUAUAAUUCUUAUACGCGUAUACAUCAUGAAGAUAAAGAAAUUAAAGUUGUUAAACAAAUGCCGACCAUGGCUUCAAACAAGCAACCGACUAUAGCUAUAAUAACGGCACAAUAUUGUGAAAAAUUAGCUGUUGAUGCGAUGUUCGAAAAUAAGGAGACAUUUGUACGCUACACGACAGUAGACACCGAUCCCAAUCUAACGAAUUCUUUGAAAAAGUCUAAAAAGAAAAGACGUUUUGGCGAAUCGAAUGUUUAUACACUGGGUAAUAUUGGUGCUCAUCGUAUUGUUAGCACUAAGCUUCCCUCGGUGGGUAGCACACGUGAGGCAAUGACAGCUACUGGUAAUACUACCACACGUUUAUUGGGCACAUUCCAAAAAGUUGAUUAUGUCUUUGUCGUGGGAGUGGCUGGUGGUGUACCACAUUACACGGAUUACAAAAAACAUGUACGCUUAGGCGAUGUUGUUAUAUCAUAUGUGGAUAAGCAAAGAGCUUUGGAUAAUAGCUCUGGGAAGCCGUAUGUUUAUAUUUAUAAGACUGGAGAAGAUGUGAAAACCUAUUUUCCGAUUAAUGAUUCAUUGCAACAAAUUGCCGAAGGCUUGCAGGCAAAUAUGGAAGUUAAACGUCCCUGGGAAACUUACCUUAAGGAAGGCCUUAAGAUGUUAAUGCAAAAAACCGAAAGUGAUUUUAAUCGCCCCGCCGCCAAUACGGACAAACUUUUCAUGAAUAUUGGCAAUAAUGAGGUCAUUGAAGUCUCACAUCCCAUUGGUGCCGAUAGCGUAGAUGACGUGCCAAAGACACGUUUACAUUUAGGACCCAUUGGUUCCGGCAGAGAUUUGGUGCGUAACGAUAGUUUACGCUUGGAAUUUGCCAAAAAAUACGGCCUAUUAGCUACGGAUGUCGAAAUGAGUUCCGUAUUGGACAGUAUUAUUGGCAAUUGUCGGGAAAGUUUUAUUCUGGUUAAAGGUAUUUCUGAUUAUAAAGAUGGUACUACUACACGUAAAUGGCAAAAUUUUGCUUCGUUAGCCGCCGCCUCUGUGGUAAAGUCCAUAAUAUGCGGCAUGGAUGCUCCUACAAAUGUUUAAAAGUCGCAGUUAACAUAUAACCAGAAUAUUAUUAAUAAAAAGCAUUUAAUAUUUUUUUUAAAAGUAUAAUUUUUUUACAGAAAUUUUAUACGGAAAA